UGAUGGUAUCGCCCACUCCGCGGAAACGCCGGCUACAGCAGAAUUCUCUGCAUUGGAGAAGCAGGUGGAAUUGAUUUUUCAGGCAGUGAAGCAGAGAAGCGAAUAACCUGUACGGUCUGGCAGGCAACAGUACAGUUUCAGAAACACUGGACAAGCUUAAUCUCCUAGAUUUGAAUGGACAAGGCAGCAAGAAGUAUACAGCCCAGCUAGUGAAGCCCAAUAAAGGUUCUGUAAUGCCUUUGAAGAAGAGAAAACUACCUGAAUCAAAUGACCAUGACCAUAAAUGUAAAAUUACAAGUUUUACUCGACCUCAGAUCCGCAGUGUGAAGCCAGUCAGCACCGAGAAGCUGUUUUCCAAUAAGAAGUGCCAGGCCUGGUUCCACAAGUAUGCUGGUACCGACAAGGUGGUUGGUCCAGAGGCCAUGGAGAAGUUCUGUGAAGACAUCGGUGUGGAACCAGAGAAUAUUAUUAUGUUAGUUUUAGCGUGGCAUCUAGAAGCAGUAAAUAUGGGGUACUUCACAAAAGAUGAGUGGCUCAGGGGAAUGACAUUACUACAGUGUGACUGCACAGAGAGGUUACAAAGCAAACUUGAUUACCUUCGCAGUGAACUCAACGACUCCGUAGUCUUCAAAAAUAUCUACAGAUAUGCCUUUGACUUUGCCAGGGAUAAGAACCAGAGGAGUUUGGACAUGGACACGGCUAAAUCCAUGCUGGCUUUACUGCUGGGGAGGACAUGGCCUCUCUUUCCCCUUUUCCACCAGUUUCUGGAGCAGUCAAAAUACAAGGGGUUGAACAAGGACCAGUGGUACAACGUUCUGGAGUUCAGCAGGACCAUCAACGCAGAACUCAGUAACUACGAUGAAGACGGCGCUUGGCCAGUGCUGCUAGACGAGUUUGUGGAAUGGCAGAAGACGAGGUCGACAUAGCACUAAAUAAAACACCAAAAAAAGGAGAGAAGAACAAAUCAAGAACAAUAAACAGGACAAAAUGUUUGUCAUUUGGUGGGGAAAAAUUAUCAAAAAGGAAAAAAAAAUAAAAGAACUUACUGUUUCAUGUUUCACCUACACAUUCACAUGAACAUGGACUGCAGGAUCAUCCCUGUGGAUGCUUUGUGCUCUCGUAUCCCAUCAGAGAUCAUCGCUGCGUCGGCCUGCUGUUAGGAGGCAUUUUUCUCUGAGGUUUUUUUUUUUCCGACAGUAUUAAUUUGGAAAAAAGGUGUGUGGGGGAGGGGGUUAAGGGGUUAUUUAAAAUAAGAAAACAAAAUGGACAGAGGAAGCAGUCGAAUUAGUUUUUUUUUUUGUUGUUUUUGGUUUUUCUUUCCUGUUUUGUCUGGUUAAUAGAUGCUUUCACAGUAAUUAAAAAGGAGGUGGAAAAAUGACAAGCUGCUUCUUAAUAAAUGAUGAAUGUGGUAA